GAUCUACGUUGGUGGCUCCAACUGUGCCCCGUUGAUCUAGUAGCCAAGAAAUUCGGUCUCUUGGCUAUCGAUCCAGUUCGAGCACGUCGUCAGAUUCCAAACGAAUGGUCCAGAGGUCGAUUCCCACCAAUAGUUCGUUUUCCCCUCAUUUUAUGCGAAGAUAAAUGGAUUUUUGCAUUUGAGGAGCUGAAUCCAGUGUUUAUGCAACAAGAGCAGUUAGACGAUCACAGAAGACUACGGCUUUUCGAAAGCACCAACCAAAUUAAUGCUUUUCCCAGUGGUUCGUUUUGGCCACCGGUGAUACCAUCAGCACCUGCAAGAUUUGGUAAUCUCUUUGGACAGUCAAUGGAUCCGUUAUCGAUGUUGAGUUUAACUGUGAUGCCACCUGUUUCCUUAAGUGCAACUGUAUUACCUCUCACAACUGCACCCAGCACUACCACUGUGGAAAGAUUCAAGGAAGAGUCGGACUUGGAAGGUUCGCAAGAAUCGUUUGUGACUGGUAAACCGACAUCACUAUCAUCAUAUGAGAUAACAACCGGGGAACGAGAAGAUAAAGCGUUGGAUUAUUACGAUGCAAUUGAUGAGAAUUUCGAUAAGGCCAAAUACGAAGGCAAAGGCGGCUUCCUAAGUGGGGUCUCCGAUCUCCUUCAGAAUCUUCAGGACGGCUUAACGUUAGCACAAGUAGCGUUACCGAGUAAUAAAAAGCUCGUGUUCCCGACGUCAUCAACCACAGAGGGUCCGUCGUUCCUUCUGAGCCGUGACGAUAAUAGUUUGACGAUUGGUGUCAAGAAUGAUAACGAUAUGCAGAAACUAGAUUCACUCGUCAAACUGCAAGGUUUUGGACCAAAUCCGGCCAGGCCUGACGGGUCAUCAAACAUGCAAACGCUGAAGACAAAUCUCGGUGACCCGGGAGCUAUUCAGCAAAUGCUUCAAUUCUUCGGUUUGUGCAAACAAGAGCUUUAA